UCACACACAACUGGCCAAAUAACUCUCAAUGUGGAACCCUCUCACAUUGAUCAGAUCAGAACACUUUAGCUUCAGAGAAAGAAAAGAAAACAGCUAUCAAACAUUUCGUCUUUGUUUCUCUAUUUAUACCCUAAUUCCACAUAUCCACAAGCAAGAAAAAAGAAAAAGAAACAUUAAGCCACCACAAAGUUAUUUUUUUUUUUAAUGGUGACAUUUACAUCAUCUUCUUCAACUCCAAAGACAUCUUUUGAUUUCAUGAAGAAUAACAACAGUACUCACAGUCUCUAUGUUCCUUUCUCUUCUCCUCCUCCUCCUUCUUCUUCUUCUUCCUCUUACUUGAGCAUCAAGGAAGAUGCUGUUGUCACAACCAAGAAGCUCAUGGAACCCAGCAAAACCCUAAGCGUGAGCAUGAAACCAAAAGAAGAGGAGCUUGGUGAUGAGAAGAAUAUUUCGAAGAAAGCUUCUGAAGAACCAGAGAUUGGUGUAUUUGGAGCUGAGAAGUACUUCAAUGGAGACAUGGAUUCAGACCAAGGCUCUAGUGUUCUAUCUCUGUCUCUGACAAAUCCUGAAGUUGAGAGAAGCAUCGUCGUCGAUUCAAAGCAGAGCGCGAAGAAAUCUACAGGAACUCCGAGUGUCCGGUCUGAAUCAAGCUGGAAUAGUCAGAGCGUGUUGCUUCAGAACAAAUUGGUGAAUAGCUGCAACAGUUCCUUGCAGGAGAAGAAGAAGAACAACAGUAGUGGUCAGAUUCAAAAGGUGAGUAAUAAUAAGAAGAGUUUCCUCGCAAAUCUGGGGUGUAAAUGCGCAUGUUCUGAUGGUGACUCAAAAAUCUCUCCAUUUUUUUUAAAUACCCUACCAUUUUUCAAAAAUACUCCUUUCAUCUAUCCAUUUUAA